ACCGCUUCACUUCGAAUCCAACCUUCGCCGCAUCCACUUCGCAGUCUAUCUUUUUCUGCCGAAUGCAAUUUACAACUCGUUUCGCUCCCACUAUUAAUAUUUGUUUACCGUUCGGUGUGCAUUACUUGUGUGUGCGGGAGAGGCCGAGUUGUGUCGGUGUGUGUGUGCCGGCUUAAUGAUAAUUAAAAGAUAAAAAAAAGGAUAAAGUCAAGUGUACCGACUAUGGGAUACUCGUUACUCUUUUUCCUGUUAGAAAAUGUUUUCCAUACCUAAAUGUGUUGUUUAUUAGUACAUUCAAAAUUAAUCAUACAUGGAGUGGAUCCGUGUACACUAUGCCAGCCUACUAGAUAAACCGCUUCAUGUCCUGCUUCAGCUGGCAAACGAAGUUUGUCGGGCAAACCUAGUUGUCGGCAGUAAGACCCAUGUGAAAUGCCUUAUGAAAAAUUCAACAAAAAGCGCCGACAAUGGGAGGAUAGUGGUGUACUAGAGCUGAUCAAACUAUGGAAAGUCUGCGCCUAUGAGCUGCGCACCAUCAAACGCAAUGGCCAUCUCUAUGUGGCUAUGGCCAAGCAGCUAACCUCGCUGGGCGUCCCCGUAACAGCACUCGAGGUUCACUUCAAAGUCAACAAUCUCACACAGCGCUACCGGCAGGAGCAGAAGACGUUCGAGACCACGGGCAUAAUCAGCACCUGGAAGUUCUAUAGUCAAGUGGAUGAUGUAUUCAAGAGUCUGGCCGCGCACACCGGUUACAAAGACAAACGCAUGACGAGUGCAUCUAAUACUAGCAGUUUACCAUCUACAUCCGAGUCACCAGUUUGGAAAAAUCCAAUGUCUCAGCAAGAGUUUAAUAGCAACAACACGGAGGGGUUCUAUAAGACCGAGUACGGAAUGCACCGGCACUUUAUGGACCACUCCCAGCCGCCGCCCAAUGCAGGCAGCGUGGACAACUUCAUGGCCUCCUCGGCGGCCGUGGCGGCGGUGGCUGCCGCUGCAUCGGCCCGCCUGGCGGAUAACAACAUGGAUCAGCAAAUGAACGCGGCAGCAGGAGGAAGUGGAGCCAGUGGCGGCGGAGGGGGCAACACCAACGGGGGCGUGGCCAACUACCAGAAGAUUAAGAAGUCGCACGAGGACUAUGACAAGUUCGUGGACAUCGUGAAGAACAUCGUGGACACCCACAAGAGCACUCCCGAUAAGGUGGACACGUUCGGCGACUUCAUCAAGUCGUACAUGAAGCGCUGGCCGGAACGGCUGCAGGACGAGGCCAUCAACCACAUCACCAACUAUGUGAUCGUCAAAAACAUGGAGCACAGCAUGGUCAGCAGCCACAACCCCGAGGGAGUCAACAACCGACAAUAACAAUACAAGCAGGAGCCCAACAACUGAAUGAGUUGUUGGACGAGGCAGCUCCAGGAAUCAGGCACCGAAGGCGAAGGAAACGAGAUGGCAGGCGAGGAUUACUUAAGGUGGCACGCAGUUACUUAAACCGCAUCUGAGUUGCAGCCAAGUUCAUUGGACACACACACGGCAUACAGUAUUUUUUGUAUAGUUAAAAUAUACAUUGGAGUUUUAGUUCUCGGCGAUCGCUCCCUCCGUACAGAGUUGACUUCAGUAUUGGGGGAACAAGAUCAAUCGUACAUAGAGAUCCUAGCGAGUACAUUACAUUUAGACACCAUUUCCUACUGUUAGCUGUAAACUAUUAUACAUAAAUUAAUAAAUGCUUUAACGAUUA